AUGACCAUGCUUAGUGCUAAGAAACUCAUCAAGAUGGCCAGGAGAUGGCAGAAGUUUGCGGCCAAGCAGAGGAAGAGGAUUUCACUUCCAAGAAAUGUUAGUGAUGCGGAUAGCUGCAGUGUGUCAUCCUCUGUAGUUGAAAAAGGCCAUUUUGUAGUUUAUACAAUUGAUCAAAGGCUGAUUCCCUUGGCUUAUCUUGAAAAUGAGGUCAUUAGGCAACUUUUAAACAUGUCUGAAGAAGAAUUUGGGCUUCCAAGUGGUUGUCCUAUAACAUUACCCUGUGAUUCAGCCUUCAUGGACUACAUCGUUUCACUAAUCAAGAAAGGCGUAGCUGCAGAUUUUCACAAUGCAGUGCUUCUAUCAAUUCCUUCACGUUGCUGUUCAACUUUUUCGUUGCACCAAGAAAGUGGUGCUCAGCAAAUAGGUCAACAUUCUUUUUGUACAUGCUAG